AUGGGUGUUGUAAACAACCAAAUCCACACUCCCAAAGAAAGAGCGUCACCAACCAGCUUCACCAAGAGGAGAAGAGUUGCACGCACGAGGGCGUCACCAAGUGGAAACGACUCUAACGAGUGCCGAGCGAGAGCAGGUCCACAGACAAUGUGUAAAACACCUAGAUUCGUUGAGUUAGAGCCAAGAUCUACCACAAUUCGCUCGAGAUCAUGCGAGAAAUCCAAAGAAGUCGCGUCAUUUUGGAACUUGAUAAUAGAACGUGAAAAACAUCGCGCUAUUGAGGAACAUGAUUUCAUGUUACUUCAACAAGUUAAAAAAAAAUAUCUCGCUGACGUUGCUAGAAUGCAACAAGAAAACGAUAAAGGAAUCGAUAAAAGACUGGGCAUACGAGAGAAGUUAAAGGAUACGGAUGAAGAGCCACAUGUUAUUGACCGCCCGUCCGAAAUUUCCGAAAACUCAUCAGAAAUGACUGUGCAUGAUGAAUACUCUAUAACUUUAGAACAGAGUAUACUACCAGAAAACAUCAAGGAUGACUGUAAUGUUGGAAAUACAUCAAACAUAUUAAAAAGAAAAUUAAAUGAAGAUAACGUUGAUGAAGAAUUGUUAGAAAAUGCCAUAUUACUAUUCAACGAAUCGAACGAGGGAUCAAUAAUCGAAAAGAUUGAUGAGAAUUUAUUAAUGGAUGAGAUUCGAUUACCAGAUAUUAACGAUAGAACUACAGAGAAAAUAUCAAGAAAAAAUACCAAAAACCCGCAAGAUCUUAACCCCUGCGUAUUGGGAGUACUGGAUCUAACAAAAGAGAGUCUAAAAAAUUCUGGAAUACAGAAUGAAGAUAUUGAAAAACUAUCCCGUGAUUUCUCCAAUAAAAUCGGAUGGAACAUUGAGGUCAUUAUUCCUAUUGAAGUUCAAAAAUAUUUCGACAAUAAUUGCGAAAAUAUUGAUAAAAAUGAGGCGGUUAAAAGGCUGGAUAUUAAUAUUCAAUAUAUGUAUGAAAGACAAGAUGUCGAAACUCCAAAAGGCAUGGGUGAAAUACAAGCUAUUCCAACAAGCAAGGCACGAAAUGAAACAAAGGAUCCUUUUUCGAGGACAAAAAUCGGACAUAAAGUCGACAUGAAAGGCAUUUUGGUCAAAACGCCAAAUAAAUUCGAAAUAAUUUAUGGCGAAGUUUCUGGAGGGCUAGGUCCCUUCGGAUUACCUGCCUCCUGCAAGAAGAAGCAGUACGUCGAUAAAGUGAAACUAAUGAUAAUGUUACGAGAUAGUCUCAAUCAAUUUUUCAUAAACAAACGACAUGUGAAUGAUGAAUAUCGUAAGAAACUAACUGUUUAUGGAUGGCUACAAAUCG